UUAUAGCUUCUAUUCAUAUCUCGUUCUUUGAUCUUUUUAAAUCAAAUUACAUCACCCGUUUUCCGUGCAUGGCAAUCUCUCCUGAUUUAUCCGUUCAAAAAUCAAAUAAAAAAUUAAGCUGCGUUGAGACUGUUGUUCUUUAUUCGAAGAUGGCUCUGAGUCCUCUGGUGUUUCCUUACAGCAUGCCCGUGCCCUUUCUGAACGAGAUGUUCGUAUUAGCCAGAGAUGGCGUCGACUUCGAGGUUGACAAGAUCCCCGGAGCUCAAAGAGGACAUGACAAAGCAAAGGGCAUAAGUUACUUGUCCAACAUACGUAUGGUUUUUGUUGCAAAUAAACCUGGUAGAGACUUUGCUGCUUUUGAUCUGCCCCUGCUUUCAAAGGAUGAUACGCCUACUGAUUUAUGUUCCGAGGAUGAUAGCCACUACCAUGUUUUAUCAAUUAUUUGAAAUGGGUUUAGAGGUUGUGUCACCAACAUGACCGCACAGCAAUCUCUUGCAAAUUGCAAUAGAUUGUCUGGCAAUAUUUAAAUUUGAAGAGAGGGGGGGUGGGGAAGUGAAGCCAAAGCUAUGAUCAUUGGUCAUUAUUCGAAGAUGGCUCUGAAUCCUUAGGUGUUUUGUAAUGGGAUGCCCGUAACUUUUGUGAAGGAGAUGUUCAUAUUGGCUAUGGACGGCGUGCAUUUCGAUGUUCACAUGAACCCUGGUUGAACCUCAGCUGUUGACCGGACAGCAAUCUCGCACAAUAGAUCUGUCUGCGAUGAGGUAUUAAAAAAAAAAAACACGCAGAGCGGAGGUCGGUGAUCAUUACUUGAAGAUGGUUCUGAAUCCUCAGGUGCUUCCUAGCGGGAAGCUGGGACCUUUCGUGAACGAGAUAUUCGUAUUGGCGAGGGAUGGCAGGAAAUUCAAGGUUGAGAAGAUCUCGAGGACCGUAUUACAGAAACUUUUGCGUUGAGAGGUAUCAAGAAAAACAGCUUCAAGACCCUCAAAUCAGAGCUUGAAGUUGCUUGCUUGGCAAUUGUUGGCACCAACAGCAGCCACUGGAUCUUGCUUCGUUUCGACAUCUACUGGGACUUUGCAACGCUCAAUAAGCAUCAGACAUAACCUUUAUUCAUACUUUCCUUUGGAUACAAGCUUAGAUCUGCAUUUAAAUCCAUUCAAUGUGAGAUCCAAAGUCUUGUCUUUGCUGUGCAUGUUUCAUUUUUCUCUUUUGCAUGUUACAUAAUCUUGAACAAUCUUGCCUUUGGACGUUUGAAUCUUGUGUUGGUGUUUGGGAUUGCAUGAUCUUGUACUUGUGUUUGGCCAAAAAUAAUAAUUUUUUUUUGUUUUUCCCUUUCAUGCAAGAUUGAAUAGUUAUGUUUGUUGUUUCAUUUCAAUGUUUUCUUGGCUGGUUGCAGGCUUAAGUUCUUCAUUAGUUUGCUGACUCCGCAUGAGUUUGGAGGAUGAUAAUGAAUAUUUGCAUUUUGCCCCCUCCUCCAUUUUGGUUUAAUUGCACUAAGGCCCAAAAGAUUGUGAAAAUGGAUUAAAUUUCUUCCCUUCAAAGUCUUGAAUUCUUUUCAUAUGUUUAUGCACGUUUUAAGUAAAUUAAUUUUGGUUUUUAGAUUAUAGUUGGGGCUUUGAAUAAAAUUUGUUGAUUUUAGAUUAAUUAGACAAUUUUAUAAAUUUGUGCAAAUGAUUUUAUUUUGCC